AUGUCACAUCUCGCCGACUGUCUAUCAGACAGUGAAGGAGAGCUGCCAAGCCCAGAUCUUCUCUCAAAGCGCAGUGGUUUAUCGAACAGGAAAAUGGUCUCAACGCGAGAAUCAUCACCCGCCAAAUCCCCGAGCAAGAUGCUCGUACCCAAGUCGGCCUCAAAGCCUCGCAGAGUUCGCCGUCUUGAUGGCGGUGGCGGCCUUGCCGCCAAUGCUUUGUUUCAGAAAUGCGACCCAGAGCAAUUACUAGGCUCACCCAAGAAGUCUCCUACCAAGAAGUCUCCUCCCAAGAAAUCUCCCAUCAAGAGGAAGGCUGGUUCAUUAUUACAACCUUCAAUCUUCGAUGAUGAGGAUAUCACUCCACCCGCCACUACUCGAAGACUUCGCCUUCGAGCACCCAAGAUCACUGCAGCCCGGCAACAGGAUUCUGAUUCCGAUGAUGGCAAUGAUUCAACAUUUAAUGUGGACGAUUAUCUUGGACAAAGUCUACUUGGAGGCAACCAAACUUUUGUUUCUCAGGGGUCUAGCUCUGGGUCUCCUGACGCCAAUGUUUCUUCAGAUCUCACCGUCGACGAAACUGUGGAUGAAGACCAGGAUCUCCUCGAUGCGCAGCUUGCCCAAGAUCUUUUCUCUGCUAGCGUCAUGGAACAGGAACAGGAAAUCGAGGAUGAAGACGAGGAUGAGGGUGAGGACGACACCGUUAACGCUCUGGACGAUGAUCAAUCAAGCACUGAUGAAACAAUUACGGAAGCCGAAUCCCCCUACAAGGAGACCUCAGAUUCAGAGUUUGAUGCAAGCGAUGACGAGGAUGUCACAGUUUCAAACUUCGCACAGUCUUCCACACGUACCAAAAAGCAAGCUUCGGGUGUGAAGGUGACAAAAUAUCAGAAUGUUGAGACGUCGGUUCUUUCACCUAAGCAAGCAAACGUUCUGGUUGUUCCUCGGUAUGGACAGCAAGACAACGCACUUAAGAAAAACACCAAAGCACCAGUUGCUUCGAAAGAGCCUUUGGACCUUGCCGACGAGCUCGGCAAGUUGAAUUUAGGCAUGGCUGAAUGGUCUGAUGAGGAGAACAAGGUGCCCUCCAAGGAUGCACCAAGCACUCCCCCCGAGACGCCCACGAAGUCGUCACGAACCAAAGGCCUGGUUUCUCCCACUAGGCGAGCGCGCAUCCCCCAAACCCCACACAGAGAAAGCACGGAUGCCUUCUGGAAUGCCGAAGUUGUCAACAGCUGGAAUGACCAGUAUUCUCCGCGGAAACUUGACCUGCCUUUCCGGGUCACAAGCCCGGUUAAGGCAAGCCCCACGAAAAAGGAGAAGAAGACUUUCGACGACGCGAAGCAAGCACUGGCGAGCGCUUUCCUGAAAGAACUGGACACCAAGAUUACCGAUGGAAAGAUUGAAGAGCUUGCUGCCUCUACCGGCGGUGUGAAGUUGGUUUGGUCCAAGACACUCAACACGACAGCCGGCCAGGCCAAAUGGAAACGCGAGACCAUCAAGACAAAGAAGGCGGACGGUACCGUUUUAGAUGUGAUCUAUAAGCAUCACGCUUCUAUCGAGCUGGCCGAGAAGGUGAUCACCGAUGAAGACAAGCUUCUCAACACGCUCGCCCACGAGUUCUGCCACUUGGCCAACUUCAUGGUGAAUGGCAUCACCAACAACCCCCACGGCAAGGAGUUCAAGGUCUGGGCCGCAAAGUGCUCUCGCGUAUUUAGCGACAGGGGAAUCAAGGUCACCACCAAGCACACCUACGAGAUUGACUUCAAGUACAUCUGGGAAUGCUCGAGCUGCGCCGCGACGUACAAGCGUCACUCCAAGAGCAUCAACCCGUCCAAGCAUCGAUGCGGGACUUGCAAGAGCGAGCUGAAGCAGAUCAAGCCCGUGCCCCGAGCCGCAAGCAAGCCGAGCGAGUACCAGAACUUUCUCAAGCUCAACAUGAAGAUUGUAAAGGAGCAGAACCCCGGUGUCCCUCAGAAGGAGAUCAUGAAGAUGGUCGCCGAAAUGUGGGCGCAAAAGUCUCGGAGCAAGCCAGAGCAGGAGGAAGAGGAGUGUAAAGCAGUUGAGGAUGAGACUAUCACGAUGGAGGAGGAUACUCAGGUGAUAGAAUUGACUUUGUAG